UUAUCAGCACUGGAUGAAGGAUGUUAGUCGCUCGUAGUGCACAGGUAAUCAGUUCGUCAGUCGGUCGCGGUUCAACUUCAUCAGUCACGAACACGAUGCAUAUCAUUACGAAGGCCAAACGGUACCACAAGGCGGCACGCGAAGCUAAUUUGAAAGUUCUGAAAGAGGCCAACCGUUGGGAGGUCAACGAGCCCGACGAAAACGGUAUGACCCCGCUGCUGUGGGCAGCCCACGAAGGCCGACUGGAAGCCGUGCGUGUUCUGCUGGAACGGAAAGGAAAUGUUAGCAAAGUGGACCGCUUUGGAAACUCGGCACUCCACCUGGCGGCCGCUCGGGGACACUUGGAGUGUGUCAAGUUGCUGUUCAGCAAGGGAGCUAACCCGUACGGACUGGACGGUGGUCAUCGGACGGCAUGUGAUUUGGCCCGGAUAGGGAACUGGCAGGAGGUGGUUGAUUUUCUGGAACGCACAUUUAAAAUGUUAGAAGCUAGGAAUCCAAAAAUGGUGGUGAAGCUAAAACUUUUGGCCAACGAAACAUAUGCACAAGUGAAAGUGAAAUUACCCAAUGAAAUGGAACCGAAGACACCGAAAUACACCGACGAGUUUGGAGAGAAUGAAGACGCAAAUGUGGACAGUAUGGAAAAUAGUGAUGAACUAUCAAACACCAUCCGGUCGGAUAAUGAGAAUGUGAUAUCGGAUAAAAUUGACCCAAUUGCGAACAGUAGCCCCGAUCUGAUAGGACUGAUUCAGAACAAACAUGACGGAAAUGCAUCCAACACAAGCAAAAGUACUGCCAGAACGUAUUUGGUAUUUUCGGAACUAAUCAAGGAACAAUCAAUCAACCAAACCAUUGUCAAUCGGCUUGAAACGCGACCGCAACGGAAAGUCAUCCGUUCUGCGAGAUCCCCGAGUGACGACGAAGAUUCCGACGCUGGUGACGAUCUACCGAAGGAAACGGAGGCAACCUCCCUACUGACAUUCCUCAAAAUAUACGACCUCCAGCGGUUUCAUCAGCAGUUGCUAGAUAAAGGGGUUGAUUUGGACGGUUUAAUGCUGAUGACUGAGCAGGAUGUUAAAGCAUUAGAGCUUCCACUCGGUCCCCAUCGGAAGCUAUGGGUCGCCCUCGAAGAAUACAAGUCCGCCCGAAAGUGGGACGAAGCGUAAACCCGAUUCCGGUGAACCCUGUCCGAUUGUCGGAGAAAGAUGCGGAACACGACACCGAACACGAUAAAGAAAAAAAAAGAAAACAACCUUCGUUCGCGUCAUCGUGGUCUUCCCAAAGCUUUUCCCAAACAUCAUAAAACCAUUUAUCUCUCUCGUUUUCCCGGGUUUUGUGUCAUUUCACUCAUCGCUUCGAACUGGGGAAUCACGAUAUAAUAACGCACUUUCUUCAGCAACAUGUCCCCAGUCGAACCGCCUCUGACCCACUGCUGCCAAAAGGGGCGUAACAAGAUGAAGAUUGAAAAAGGCACGCAUAAAUUGCCGGGCCAAUAAUACCCACAUCUCAUCUCAGCUAGGCUAGGUUAUGCUAGGCUAGGAGGAGAGCAAGUUGAUUUUCGGAAAGCCUCGUCAUUCUCAUCGAGGCUCAAACCGGGAACUUAGUGUGCACUAGAAAGAAUACGUCCGAUUACUUCCACUUUCACUACAACAUUUGGGGCCAAUAUCGACUGUGUCAUUCGGAGAAGCUGAUAUCGUUAGCCUCAACCUCGGCCGUUUUGAAUUAGACACUGGGCAACUGAACCUGAGCUAGUGGCCGCAUUAUCGAGAUAAGCAGCAGCAGAAGCAGCAAACAAACGAAACGAGCAGAUGUCAUGCCGAACAAAGCAACCUCCCCCACCCUUCUCAUCGCACCCCACAUUUUCCGAGCUGUGCGGGAAAACGGAUCCCGCCGCCACUCAAAGGAAGCGGAACGGAAGCCACCCACAACAAAACCACUUUUCGUGCUCCAAUAACCACGAGACCGAAAUAAACCUGUUUCGUGCCAUGCACAA